CACAUGUGAGAGUCGACUGCUGUUUAAAAAUUAUCCAGUUUAAUUGACGGUAGGGAGACACAGCCUCUUCUACUUAAACAUGUGGCAUAGUUUUAUGUUAAGUGAAGUAUUUAAUUCAUAACAGAAACUAUAGGAAAGAAGCAAAAACCAGAAGUGUUCUCUGACAUCAAGAAGGCGGCUCAUUGACCAUUUGAUCAAAGGUUGUGGCCUUUUGAAGUUGAAACAUGACCAAGGCAGACCAGAUCAAUGAGCUGAUUCAGUUCCUGGCUCCUGAGGGACGAAGGGACACCAAGAGUGCAGCAUGUAUGACGGCUGCCCAACUAACAGGAACACCAGAGGGUCUAAGCCUCCUGUCCUCUCGCCCAGAUGCUCUCGUGGCAAUUAUGCGUCUGAUCAGAGACUCUGAAAUUUAUACAGGCAAAGAUGCCAUGAGGGCACUGGUCAACAUCUCAGCAGAAGAGUCAGGUGCAGCAGCUCUUCUGGCCGUGAAAGAUGUUGAUGUAGUAUCAGAAAUGGUCAAGUGUAUUGAGGACCCAAAUUACCCACAUGCAGACUUUGCUUGUGGCAUCUUGGCCAACUUGUCCAAGCCAAAGCAUUUGUGCCAGCAGGUGUUUGAUCGCAUCAGUGAGGGACCCAUCAAGCUGGAGGGUCUUGUGUACAUACUGUGUCAGAUCAACUAUAACAAGAAGGGCGCCAAGCUUCACCUCUUGGCACCAGUCAUCACCAAUUUUUCACAGCUGGCUGAUGGAAGGAGACAGAUAAUGGUCAAGGAUGAGUUUGUGUUUCAACGGCUCAUAACCUUCAUGGAUUAUAAGGAAUCGAAGGGAAGGAGGAUGUCAGUCAUAGCUACUAUCCACAACUGCUGUUUUGAGAAAGAAUAUCAUCCAUGGUUGAUGGGUGAGGACGUGGAUCUUGUGCCUCGACUCCUGUUACCACUUGCUGGGCCUGACACAUUUAGUGAAGAGGACAAUGAGUCCCUCCCCAUCGACCUACAGUUCCUCCCCGAUGACAAGGAGAGAGAACCAGAUCCUGAGGUCCGCAAGCUACUACUUGAGGCUCUGAUGCAGUUGUGCAUCACACGCGCCAGCAGAGAGAUUAUGAGGAGUCAGAACAUAUACCUCAUACUACGAGAACACCACAAGUGGGAGGAGGAUCAACACUGUGUCAUGCUCAAUGAGGAUGUAGUCAACCUCCUGCUUAGGACAGAAGAGGAGAUUGGCACCGAUGAUCUGUCAGCAGUAGAGGUGUCGUCAGAUAUGGCUGCAAAGUUUAUUGCUCAGGACAUGAAAUAUCUGUCUGGGGUGUCAUCAGAUAUGAGUUCUCUAACAGAGGAACCAACAAAGGGAGAGAAAUAGAAUUGAGCUAUAC